AUGUAUCGUGGGCACAGCAAAUUCAGCACACCUCCAUCAUUGGGGACCUAUGACUACGUAGUUAUUGGCUCCGGGCCGGGCGGUGGUCCGUUAUCAGCACGACUUGCCAUCGCAGGUUAUAAAGUACUUUUAAUCGAGGCUGGCGAUGACCAGAGUUCGAAUGUGCGAUACAAGGUGCCUGCUUUGCAUGCGCAGUCUAACGAAGAACCGGGAAUGCGAUGGGACUUUUACGUCAAUCAUUAUUCGGACCUUGAAAGACAGAAACGAGAUUCCAAAAUGACUUAUCGAACACCAAACGGUGGCCUGUUUGUUGGACCAAGUGGUGUUACAGGAACCGGACAGCCACCGGAAGGUAGUGAGCCCCUGGGGAUUCUCUACCCUCGUGCGGGAACACUUGGAGGUUGUUCUGCACAUAACGCGCUUAUUACCAUUUAUCCGCACAAAAGCGAUUGGGAUGGGAUCGCAAAGCUUACCGCAGAUAAAUCGUGGAAGGCUGAUAGUAUGCGGAAAUACUUCAAGCGAUUCGAGCGGGCUCGAUAUCUCCCCAAUGGAGUAGUUGGUCAUGGCUUUAGUGGUUGGCUGACGACUAUGGUGACGGACCUGACGAUUCUGCUCGAGGACUUAAAAUUGAUCACAAUAGUUGUUGCUGCUGCGAAAGGCAUGGGGAAAAAUGUGAUCGGUCUGAUUACCACGGUUUUCGGCCUAGAAGAGGUUUUGCUCAGAGACAUCAACGCUGACACGCCAGGAAGGGAUCUUGCAGAAGGUCUUUACCAAGUUCCCUUGGCGAUGGACAAUUAUCAGCGUCAGAGCACUCUUGAGUUCAUUUUAGAUACUGCCAACGCAAAACAACCGAACGGUAGUCGGAAGUAUCAUCUUGACAUAUCUCUGAAUACGUUGGCGACCAAGAUUCGCUUCGACUCAUCAACACGUCCUCCGAAAGCGACAGGUGUCGAUUUCCUAUCAGGUCCCAGAAUCUAUCGCGCGGACCCGCAAUCAUCCAGUGCUGCACCGGGCAUUCCAGGAAGUGUAAAUGCCAGCCGUGAAGUGAUAAUUGCAGCGGGAGCUUUCAAUACACCUCAGAUCCUUAAGCUUUCGGGCAUUGGCCCUGCUGCUGAGCUUGCAGCGCUCGACAUACCUGUAAUGGUGGACUCUCCUGGUGUUGGCACUAACCUUCAAGAUCGUUAUGAAACAGCGAUUGGUGCCGAGACAACGUCGGAGUUUUCGGUAAUCCGAGACUGUACGUUUUUGAAGAACACCCCUGAUCCAUGCUACAACAGAUGGAAGAACAGCCCUGUCCUGAAAGGCGUAUAUGGAUCAAACGGCUUGUCUAUUGGAAUCGUCAAGAAGUCUUCGACUGCAGAUGGCGACCCAGAUCUGUUCAUUGCUGGUGCCCCUGCAUACUUUACAGGUUAUUAUCCGGGAUUCUCAGACUUUGUCCUUUCUGAUAAGAGACAUUGGGUUUGGAUUGUUCUGAAAGCUCACUCUCGGAAUGCAGCAGGUACAGUCAUUCUUCGAUCAUCGAAUCCAAGGGAGACACCAGUCAUCAAUUUCAAUAAUUUCGGAAUUAGGGAAAGCGGCGAUGGCGCGAAUGCUCAGGAUGUACAGGCUUUGUACGAAGGGAUGGAGUUGGGUCGACAGAUAUACAAGAACAUCAUCCCACUUGACGGAUCCUUCAAAGAAGUGUGGCCUGGAGAGAAUGUGACUGGGGACUCCUUGAGACAGUUCAUCGAAGAUGAAGCGUGGGGCCAUCACGCAUGCUGCACCGCAAAGAUUGGCGCUGAUGAAGACGCAACCGCUGUACUCGACUCCCAGUUUCGGGUACGGGGUACGGAUGGAUUAAGAGUUGUUGAUGCUAGCGUGUUCCCGAAGAUUCCAGGCUUCUAUAUCGCAGUUCCGAUAUACAUGAUUAGUGAAAAGGCAGCUGAGGUCAUUCUCUCAGAUGCGUUGUAG